AAGUGGAUCGAGGGUUUGAGGUCAGUGAUUCACAACUUUAAGGCCAACAACGUCUGUCCAAUGACAUGCCUGAAGAAACAUUGGAUGAGAAUGUGUUUCCUGACCAAUGUAAAUGGAAAGAUUCCUGUCAGAGGCAUUACACGAACAUUUGCAUCAGGGAAGACGGAGAAGGGGAUCUUUCAGGCUCUGAAGGAUCUGGGACUUCCUAGUGGAAAGAAUGAUGAGAUCGAACAUUCAGAUUUCACCUUCGACAUUUUCUACGCGCUCACACAGAAGAUCUGCCCUCGCACGGACAUAGAGGAGCUCUUCAAGAAAAUCAAUGGGAACAAAACUGAUUAUUUAACUGUAGACCAGUUAGUCAGCUUUCUGAAUGAAAACCAGCGCGACCCGAGACUGAACGAGAUUCUGUUUCCGUUCUACGACCCAAAGAGAGCCAUGCAGAUCAUCGAGAAGUACGAGAGAGACGAUGGCCUCAAGAAGAAAGGUCACAUGUCCAGUGAUGGAUUCUGCCGGUACCUGAUGUCAGACGAAAACGCUCCGGUGUUCCUGGACCGGCUGGAGCUGUACCAGGAAAUGGACCAGCCUCUGGCCCACUACUUCAUCAGCUCCUCCCACAACACCUACCUGACCGGCCGACAGUUCGGAGGGAAGUCCUCGGUGGAGAUGUACCGGCAGGUGCUGCUGUCCGGGUGCAGGUGCGUGGAGCUCGACUGCUGGGACGGUAAAGGAGAGGACCAGGAGCCCAUCAUCACUCACGGAAAGGCCAUGUGCACAGACAUCCUGUUCAAGGAUGUUAUUCAGGCCAUCAAGGAGACGGCAUUCGUCACAUCAGAGUACCCCGUUAUUUUGUCUUUUGAAAAUCAUUGCAGUAAACCACAGCAGUACAAAAUGGCCAAGUACUGCGAGGAGAUCUUCGGCGACUUCCUCCUCAAACAGCCUCUAGACAACUUUCCUAUUGAAUCCGCGCGCCCCUUACCUUCUCCCAACGACCUCAAACGGAAAAUCCUCAUCAAAAACAAGCGCUUGAAACCCGAAGUCGAACAGAAGCAGCUCGAGGCCUUUAAGAAACACAUGGAGGCGGGAGAGACCAACACCACCGCCAUCAUCAUGGGAGAGGAGAACGAAGACGAAACAGAGAACGGAGAAAAAGAGGCAGAGGAGAAGGAUUUGAAUUCAGAGGCACCGAGCAGUCUGUCAGAAGCAACCAGUGAGAAAGAAGCCAACAGCGUCUCUCAGAGUAACGCCGUGAGCUCAAGGAAAGAAGACGAACGCAGCAACAGCAUCAAGAAGGUACCCGAUGACGAAGCGACAGAGAUUUCUGAAGCCACCGAAGCAACAGAUGCCACAGACAUCUCUGAAGCAUCUGACCAAGACAACAACAAGAAGGGCGGAGACGUGGCCGAGGCAGAAGACUCUGAGGAGGCUCUCAUAGCUCAGUACACCUACGUAGGAGCCACCACCAACAUCCACCCGUAUCUCUCAGCUAUGGUCAACUAUGCACAGCCCGUCAAGUUCCAGAGUUUCGACGUGGCAGAAGAGAGGAAUAUCCACCACAACAUGUCGUCUUUUAACGAGUCCGUGGGCCUGGGUUACCUGAAGACGAAUGCCAUCGAGUUUGUCAACUACAACAAGCGUCAGAUGAGCCGUAUCUACCCCAAAGGAGGCCGAGUGGACUCCAGUAAUUACAUGCCUCAGAUCUUCUGGAACGCAGGCUGCCAGAUGGUCUCGCUCAACUUCCAGACCCCAGAUCUGGCCAUGCAGCUGAACCAGGGAAAGUUUGAGUACAACGGCUCCUGCGGGUACCUGCUGAAGCCCGACUUCAUGCGGCGGUCGGACAGGAUGUUCGAUCCUUUCUCAGAGACGCCGGUGGAUGGCGUCAUCGCAGCAACCUGCAGCGUACAGGUGUUCUCGGGACAGUUUCUGUCUGAUAAGAAGAUCGGCACCUACGUGGAGGUGGACAUGUACGGGCUGCCGACAGACACCAUCAGGAAGGAGUUUCGCACACGUAUGGUGAUGAACAACGGCCUGAACCCCGCCUACAAUGAAGAGCCCUUCGUUUUCAGAAAGGUGAUCUUGCCGGAUCUGGCAGUGCUGCGCAUCGCAGUCUACGACGACAACAACAAGCUGAUUGGGCAGCGCAUCCUGCCUCUGGACGGCCUGCAGGCUGGCUACCGUCACAUCUCUCUGAGGAACGAAGGCAACAAGCCCCUGUCGUUGCCCACCAUCUUCUGCCAAAUCAUCCUCAAGACCUACGUGCCCGACGGCUUCGGAGCUAUUGUGGACGCUCUAUCAGACCCAAAGAAGUUUUUGACCAUAGCGGAGAAGAGAGCUGACCAGAUGAAGGCUCUGGGAAUCGACACGAACGACAUAGCAGACGUUCCCAGCGGAAGCUCGAAGAACGACAAGAAGGGAAAGGGUAAAGGAGACACAGUGAAGGCCAGUGUGACGCCACAAGCCAGCUCAGACAUGGCCCAGACCUCCAACGCUGCCCAAAACAACACAGCCGAAACCAAGAAGGAUACUGCACUUGUGCCUAACGUCAGCAUUGAUGACUUAAAACAAAUGAAGACCUACCUUAAACUGAUAAAAAAGCAACAGAAGGAGCUCAACACUUUAAAGAAGAAGCACUCAAAGGAUCAAAACACAAUGCAGAAAGCCCACUGCACCCAGGUGGACAAGAUGGUGUCUCUGCAUGACAAGGAGAAGACGACUCUGGAGAAACUACUAGAGAAAGCCAUCAAGAAACGAGGAGAAAACAACUGCCAAGAGCUGAAGAAGGAGACAGAAGAUAAGAUCCAAACGCUAGACACCGAUCAUAAAGCCAAGGUAAAGGACAUCACAGCGCAGCACACUAAAGAGUGGUCGGAGCUGAUCAGUAGUCACAGCAGCGAGGAGCAGGAGAUGAAGGACAGUCACGUCACCCAGCAGUGCGAACACCUCAAGAAGCUCCUGGCCACCGUCCAGGAGCAGCAGACCAUGCAGCUCAAACUCAUCCACGAACGGCAGAGCAAAGAGAUGCGCGCCAACCAGGCCAAGAUGUCCAUGGAGAACAGUAAAGCCAUCAGCCAGGACAAGACGAUCAAAAACAAGGCGGAGCGCGAGAGGAGAGUGCGGGAGCUGAACAGCAGCAACACCAAGAAGUUCCUGGACGAGAGGAAGCGGCUCGCCAUGAAGCAUCAGAAAGAGAUGGAGCAGCUCGAGAAAAACCAGAGAGAACAGUUGGAGAAACUGGAGAAGUUCAAUGAGCAGCUUUUGAAAUCACACCAUGCAAACAAACAGGUUCAAGGCCAAGGACAUGCAGCAGAUGGUGAAGCUGGAGGAGGAGAUGGACCGCAGACCUGCCACGGUGGUGUGAGCGACUGAGACCGAAAACACAAAGCGCACUGACACACACACACACACUCACCUAAACACACACACACACAGGUGCAGAAAACACUCCGCCACCGAGAGCCCUCUACGGUCCUGAGACGAAAAAACCCCGCCUACGUCAUCGUCUGACUAACGUUUCGCUUCACGUUCACUCACAAACUCGCAGUCGCCCACCUCUUCCUGCACCUCUAUCCCGCCCACUAACUCUGUGCCACUGAGCCGUCGGUGCUUAUCACUGUUUGACGGGGGGCUUAACCACUUAUCGAGACGGGAGACGUUACCUCGGAGACGAAGCGACACAGAGUCAUCCCCUCCUCCGCCGUAUGUAGAUCUAAAUUGUCUGUCACCUUCGAUGUUCUCUGCAUCAAAAUGGGCAACAAAAGCUGCAGCUAUUGGUGGAUACAAGCACACGCACACACACACUAACACACACACAGACACACACACCACGGUUCAGAUAAAGCAGAUAUCUGUUCCCUUUUUAAGUUCUUUUCCUUUCUUUUUUUUUUCUCUUCUCUUUUUUUUUGUUUUUUAAAUCAACUACCCGCUCCAGAAACAGCUGUAAGAGGGGAGACGACUAUGUAUAAGAUUUAAUGUCAUUUCAGCACAAAAAUGAAUAAACUUUGUGAAAUACACUGUACGCUACACACCAGUCCUGUCCUGAGCACUUUGUACGUGAUAGGCCGUCGAAAAAAGAAAAAAGAAGAAAAAAGUGGAAAAUGUAGCGGUGCACUACUGUAGGGUUUCUGUUUUUCAGUAAGAAUGUAUUUAAAAAAUAAAAUAAAAUGAAAAUCACUGUAUGAAAGAGUGGCAAACCUCCACCGAACCUACAAUGCAACAUGUUUGACUUCACAUUAUCGACUUGUUUUUGUUGUUAAACAACGUUACUAUGAAAAGGCUAAUAACGAUCUUGUUGAGUGGGAACGCUAUAAAGGGAUCACGAGGACCAGAAGUUCACUUUGAUUGGCGGUCGACACACAAGACUUGCACUUGAAAAUGACACGACAGACAUUUAUACUUUAUUCUCGAAAACAACUUUCUGUUCUCCCAAUUUGGGGCUCAAAUCAUGAAAACUAUGCAAAAAAGGCCUCGUUUAAGGCGUACACCGUUCUCAAUUAGGAAUUUUGCUUGAAUAUUAACCAAAAAAAAGACAACGGUCAAAAUACAACAGUGAACAGAACCAACAUUUUUAUGACCUUUAACUAAAGUUGGUGUUUCGCUACACCUUUGGUAGACGCCAGUGGUUGAUGAACCAGACGUCUACCAGUGAGAUGAAGGCCUAGUCCACAUGUACACGGGUAUUUUUGAAAAAUAUUUUUCCGCCUUUAAAAAAAAUUAAAAUUCCAUCCACAAAAGAACAACUGAAAUGCUGUCAAGAGACAAAACAACAAGAAGCAAGAAAACCCUGAAGCCACAUCGGCCAAUCAGAACCCAGCUACAAUGAUUCAUGGAGGAAGGAGGGAAUCAUAUGUGUGGACUUGUUCCAACACCUCUGCUCCUCAAUAUAGUGGAAGAACAACCUUACAUGUAAACCACUGCAACGAGUCGCCUCACGUAAACAAACGAGACGAUCACAAACCAAAGACUCAGUUUCUCCUCAGUCUGCAUGUCGAUACUACAAACUUUGAAAGCUCAGUUUUCUGUGACUACAUCUAAACCUAUCAGGAGUGAAAUCAGGCAUUCGACUAUCAGAACUAACCAAGCUGAAACCAAGUUGUUGGAUUGACAAAGCGAGCACUUUAAAUGUCAACAUUGGAGGUGAUGGUGGGGUUGUUCGUUUAACUGUUGGAAGCCUGUUGAAAUUAUAAAUAUUCGAGUUGCAAGCUGAACUUGUGAACAGAAAUUACUGAAUCCUCUGUGAAAUGACGUCAAACGAAGCCUCCCAGUAGACGUCCGAGGGCAUGCAGCAGACGUAGAAGCUGGUGGAGAAGUCUCCGUUUGAAGUGACACCCGUGUACAUGUGGACGAGCCCUUAUUCAAUUAUCUGCAUUCAGAGGUUGUGCACUUAAAACUCUUUUGAGAACCGAGCCAAAUCUGCUCCCGCACGACUCUGCCAACAGAAUUAAUCCACACUUUUGCUGCAAGUACGUUCUUUUAAUUGACCGGCCCGUCGCCGUCGCCAACGUAAGCCGACAGAAGUCAAACCCCGUCUCGUCACUUAUUAAAGGCAUUGUUGGAGUCAAGUGCUCCCUUAAUAGCUUCUUGAUUGCACCUUGGCAACCUCCGCUUGUAAUCCUCAGAGUUUCCCCUGUUUGGGAGAUCAGACUGAAUAAUUACAGCAGAUUUGUGGCAACGUCUGUGCUGCUGCAACACACACACACACACACACACACCGGAGACUACAGUUGGUUUGAGAAAGCAGCCCUAAUGUCACUGCUGGACAAAAAGCCACUGCAGAGAGAGAAACAUGAUCUAAUGCACCAACAACAAUCGGCAAAAAAAAUGUCUUAGAAUAAUAUAAAAACUGAAAAACAAGGGGAUUAAAGCACCUGUAGGUAUUUUGGCCUUUUUAAAGAUUUGUUGUUUUUUUUCUGUUUUAUUCUGCUGUAUUACAUGUGAAGGGUAGACGGGAUGUUCUUGUAUAUACUGGAAUGUAUGUAGUUUAAUUUACUUUCCGACCAGUUGUGUUCUGUCAUUCAAGGGCUCGGGGGAUAGAGUGGGUCUGUCGGACGUUUGGGGAGGAAAAAGGAAAAAAAAAAACAACAAAAAAAAACAAAAACAGACAUUUAUCAACCGCUGGGUUUUGUUUGUUUCUCCUCUGUUUUCCAGUCUGCCCUUAACCGCACCACACGACACACUAUAAAGCUCUCACCACAUAUCUAGUGCAGAGAUAAACGAGUAAAAGUGCUUUUAAAUUUUAUUCCAUCGCUUUCAAAUGUGCCACUCAGUGUCUGUUUAGGACGUUUAAAUUAUUUUAUGAAUGAUAAAAUGCCAAAUUAAGGGGUUAUUUAUAUGAAGGUAUAUAUAAAUAAAUGAAUAUAUAUUAUAUAUAUUAGAUAACGUGUAGUUUAAGAAUAUUACGUUAGAGGCUUUUUUGCACUAGUUGAAUGUUUCUGUUGUGUGACUACAUGUAACCUUUGGCUCUCGAGUUUGUCAAAAAAGCAGAUUAUUUUUGCAGAGCGACAUCACUGAUUUAAUUUCCUCGGUUUCUACUGUAUCUCCUCUUUGUUUUCUAUUUGAAUUGUAGCUUGUCAACAGACAUUCUGUGCGUGUUUUUGUAUUUAUAUUGUACUGUUGGACUUAUAGCAAUGAAAAUACUGUUGUUAUCCAGCUCCUUUACUACUGUUUUAUAGUAUGUGUAUCAAUAAAUCCAGGUGUAAAACGGGA